AUGGAAAGAAAAACACUAACAAUGAAAGUGUUAGUUAUAUUAUGUACAAUAUUUAUUGUCGGUACAUUUUGUGCACCAACAAAUGAUAAAAUCCUAGAUGAAUUCUGGAAUUUAUUCAAAAAUGUGUAUAAUAAAGAAUACAAAUCAUAUGAAGAUGAAACAUCUCGUCGAAAUAUUUGGGAAGCUAAUCUUGCCAAAAUUCGUACACACAACUUAGAAGCAGAUCUAGGUGUACAUACUUACACCAUGAAAAUGAAUAAAUAUGGUGAUAUGACGCAUAGAGAAUUUGUUAAACAAAUGAAUGGUUUAAAAAUGAAUAUUGCUUCACAAGCAACUGAAUUUGAUCAACAUGAGUUUAUGGCACCAUCAUAUACGGAUUUACCAGUGUCUGUUGACUGGCGAAAACAAGGGUAUGUGACUGAAGUGAAAGAUCAAGGUCAAUGUGGUUCUUGUUGGGCAUUCUCUGCUACUGGGUCAUUAGAAGGACAACACUUUAGAAAAUAUAAUGAACUUGUGUCAUUAUCAGAACAACAGUUAGUUGAUUGUUCUGAUAAAUUUGGCAAUCAAGGAUGUGAUGGAGGAUUAAUGAUUUCAGCUUUUGAGUACAUUAAAGAGAAUAAUGGAAUCGAUACAGAAAAAAGUUAUCCCUAUGAGGCUGUGGAUAGAAAAUGUCGUUUUAAAUCAGAAAAUGUUGGAGCAACUGUCAUUGGUUACGCCUAUGUCAAACAAGGAAAUGAAACAGAUUUAACAAAUGCAAUCGCAACCGUUGGUCCUAUUGCAGUUGCUAUCGAUGCCUCACAGGAUUCAUUUCAAUUUUAUUCAUUUGGUAUUUAUAAUGAACCGAUGUGCUCAUCAACUGAUCUUGAUCAUGGUGUGCUUGCUGUUGGUUAUGACGUAACUAGCGGAAAACAUGGAACACCGUACUAUAUUGUUAAAAAUUCAUGGGGCGAGGGUUGGGGUAAUGGUGGAUAUAUUUGGAUGCUCAGAAAUGAGAAAAAUCAAUGCGGUAUUGCUACAAUGGCAUCUUAUCCACUUGUUUAA